GCACCUUUGCUCCUCACGUUCAUUGCUGAAUAUCACGCUCUUUUCGAAAGCUUUCGCAUCUUUCAUACAUAGCUCCAAGUCGAGUUCAUUCCCUCUUUUCAAGUACAUAUCUAAGUUUCCGGUCCGAGACCAAGUCAAACUAAGAAUUUAUCUACCCGCCGUUUCAAUAACACAACCAAAUUCAAAAUGCAGGUCCCAAUGAAGUCUCUCGUCGCUCUCCUCCCUUUCUUCCUUCAAGUUAGUGCUCAAGCUUCUGGCUCCGGUACCACCACUCGUUACUGGGAUUGCUGCAAGCCAUCUUGCGCCUGGUCUGGCAAAGCUACUCUCGAAUCUGGCUCUGGACCUGUUGGAACUUGCGAUAUCAACGACUCACCUCUUUCAGACCCUACCGCAAUUGCUGUUUCUGGAUGUGAUGGCGGAAACUCCUACAUGUGCUCAGACCAAUCUCCUUGGGCAGUUUCUGAUGAUUUGGCAUAUGGUUAUGCUGCCGUUAACAUCGCUGGUGGAAGCGAGGCUUCAUGGUGUUGUGCUUGUUAUGAAUUGACUUUCACCAGCACUGCUCUUGCUGGCAAGAAGAUGAUUGUUCAAGCUACUAACACUGGUGGUGAUCUUGGCUCAAACCAAUUUGACUUGGCUAUUCCAGGUGGAGGUGUUGGAAUUUUCAAUGGUUGCACAAAGGAAUUCGGUGCUCCUUCCUCAGGAUGGGGUGCACAAUAUGGUGGUGUCGCCGCCGUUUCUUCCUGCGCAGCCUUCCCAGAGGCCCUUAAACCAGGUUGCAGCUUCAGAUUCGAUUGGUUCGAAGGUGCCGAUAACCCAACUGUCAACUUCAAACAAGUCAACUGUCCAGCAGAAUUGACCAAGAGCACUGGAUGCAAGAGAGCUGAUGAUUCAAGUAUGCCAGCUCCAGAUGCUUCGGGAAGUGCAUCCGCCUCCCCAGUUGCAAGCACUUCUGCCAAGACCUCUUCUGUUGCCCCAACUUCAGUUAGCUCUUCAUCUGUUGUCGUAGCACCAAGCUCCGCAACCUCUAGCCCAGUCGUUGUUGUCCCAACUUCUGCAGCUUCUUCCAAGGCAUCUUCUGCAGCAGUUGUCUCUCACCCAGUUGUCCCUUCUUCUGAGGCUUCCUCAGCACCAGCAGUUACUUCCCACUCUUCCGCCACCAAAUCCGCAAAGACCAGUGUCGCCGCUCCUCAUUCCACCUCUGCUUCAACUGGAUACGGCAGUGGAGAUGAUGAUGAUACUUGCGAUGCUGAGUAAAUUACGAAACCAGGAGUUUUGACACAGAACAGAGCUUGGUGGAUCGUAAAGGUAGAGGUAGAGAUAGAUGAUAGAUGAUAUGAGAACGAUGGCUGGGUAGAGAGCCGGUCAAAGAUGAUGAGAUACCUUCUUGUAAUUAUUUUCCCAAUCGCAAAAUUCAAAUAUGAAUUGAACCA